GUCUCAAAAGAAAAAGAAGAUAUUGAGACUAUGUUUAACAAAAUUCAACAUCCAUUAGUUUUUUUAAAAUCCUUUGUAGAAGUAGGAAUAGCUGGAUACUGCACAAUGGUAUGGCAGUUAUAAGUAUUCCUAUUAAAGGACAAGAGAAGCAAUCCCACUAUCAACUAUUACUGAUGUUAAAUGUUGGUCUUAGUGCAAUUAAAUAAAAAGAAAAAAGUAUAAAUAUUAGAAGCAUGCUUUUCUUUGCAUACUGUCAUAUGGGAGGAGGGCAGAAGACAAGAAAAAUCAACUGAAAUGAAAUACAGAAAAAAAUCAGUAAAGAUCCUGGUUACUAAAUUAAUAUUCAAUAAACGAUAGCUGGACAGGCGGCAGGAGCACUAAGGCGAGCGCGAGCACGUGCACGUUUACGUGGGCCUGAGCGUGUGCGCGUGUGCGCUUUCUGGGCGGCAAGAAGCAUCAGGUGCUCAGGCGCAUGCGCCUGGUGCUCCCAGAAGCACUUGCGUCAGAGGCACCGGCUUCUUCCGCUUCAACCGUCCAAGUCCUCUGUGGUGCUCGCUUCUUCCUCAGGCGGGCGCCUCUCUCUGGAGCUCCCGCCUUUCUCUCGAGCUCGCGCCUUCCUGUCCUCAGCCUUCUUUUUCCCACGGCCUUCCAGUCGCCUACCAGCAGCCGAGUAGCCAAGACUACCACUGAGCUCUCAGCCAUGUCCUCAAACGAAGCUCUCUACAUCACCACAGAAAACGCGCCGAUGCCUGCGGAGAUCGUGGAACUGCACCAGAUCCAUGUGGAAACCGUUCCUGUAGAGACGAUGUCAAUGGAAACCAUUGAGGAAUACGGAGAUUUAACCGGCAGUUGGGUUCACGGUGGCCACCACCACUCGCCUCUGAUCGCGCUGCAGCCGCUCGUCAUUAACAACGCGGGCCACGGCGACCAAGACCAGGAAGUGAUAAUGGUGCAGACACGCGAGGAGGUGGUGGGCUACUAUGACUCCGACAACCUGCAGGCCAACGAUUUCGAAGACCAAAUAGUCAUCCCGCUCGGCGAUGAAAACCACUGCUUCCAGCAGACCCUGGCCUCUCUGUCAGCCUCAGCAUCGACAUCAGCAUCUGCCUCAACUUCGGCAUCGGCAUCGGCCUCAACCUCGACCUCCGGCCACAGCAAGAAGUUCAGCGGCCACAACAAGAAGGCCAGUGGCAAGAGUCACACCAGCAGUGAGGCCAGGGCGGGAGGCAGCAGCUCUGACCAGGGCAGCAAGAAGUGGGAGCAGAAGCAGGUGCAGAUCAAAACCCUAGAGGGUGAGUUCUCCGUUACCAUGUGGUCCUCUACCGAUAAAAAAGACCAGGAGACGGUUGAAGGACAGGCUGAAAACUCUUCUCCUGAUUAUUCCGAGUACAUGACCGGGAAGAAACUUCCUCCUGAAGGAAUACCUGGCAUCGACCUCUCCGAUCCCAAGCAGCUGGCAGAAUUUACUAGAAUGAAGCCAAAAAGACCCAAAGAAGGUCCCAGAACAAUAGCUUGCGCUCAUAAAGGCUGUGUCAAGAUGUUCCGGGAUAACUCUGCGAUGAGAAAGCAUCUGCACACCCACGGUCCCAGAGUCCAUGUAUGUGCGGAAUGCGGCAAAGCUUUUGUGGAGAGCUCAAAAUUAAAGCGACAUCAGCUGGUUCAUACUGGAGAGAAGCCCUUUCAGUGCACAUUUGAAGGCUGUGGAAAACGCUUUUCCCUCGAUUUCAAUUUGCGCACACAUGUGCGAAUCCAUACCGGAGAUAGGCCCUACGUGUGCCCCUUCGAUGCUUGUAAUAAGAAGUUCGCUCAGUCAACUAACCUGAAAUCGCAUAUCUUAACGCAUGUCAAGAACAAAAACAACCAGUGAAGAGAGAAGACCCUUCCCAAACUCGGGAAGUAUCUGCCCAGGAGUGUGGUUGGGAAUAAAUAUAUAUGCAUCUCAUUUGUGUGUUGUUUCUAGGAAAGAGUUUUUAAAAAACCUACAUCUUAAGGUUCAUGUUUUGAUAGAAUAGUAAAAGUAAAAUUUAAAAGUUUUUAAAAAAAGUAAACCUUAAUAUAAGAUAAUAUUGCUAAGUUGCCUUGUCUUGUUCUAUAAUGGUGUUUUUGUCAAGUUUGGUCCCAACAGGAGAAUAAUUCAUGAACCUCACAACAAGAGACAAUUCUUUAUACAACUGUGUUAAAAAUGGGACUUUUGGGACUUUUGGCCUCUCUCCCUCUGUAAAAAAAAAAAAAAAAAAAAAAAAAUACUUUUCAUGUUCUUAGAAAUACAAAGUUCAAUUAUUGCUUAUAAUUUUUUAAAAAUUAUUUUCUAAAUGUUAAUGUUUAUACUUUUAGGAAUAUGCUUGAUAAUUCUACAUACGGUUUUUCUGGAGGGUGAUAACUUCGCAAAACAUUUACUUUAAAAGAAUGAAGUUACAUGCAUACAUGAAGUACUUUUCUGCUAAAAAACUUAUACAGGUUUUGUUUGCUGUCUUAAUUUUGAUUGUAUUCUGGGAUGUUAACACAUUUUGCAUAACUAUCUUUUAGCUAUAUUCAAUUAUGUGGUAUUGAAUAUUAGAUGAUUUAAGAGUAUUAGUUUUAACAUAUGUUAGUCAUUUUAUUGUCCCAAAAAUAUGACCAGGUCCUGUUUUUUAGUGUAAUUUCUUUGCCUGUUUGGUUAGAAAGAGUACUGCUCAGUUUUAGGCUACAGUGUGUAUCUAUUGACUUUAACACUUGCUAUGUACUAUGUAAUAGAAAAAGCAAAAAUAAAAUCCAUGUUCUGAAGAAAGGAAAAAAAGUAGUUUGCCUAUAUAAAUAAAGUAGCUAGAAAAUAAAUAAAAGGGGGAGGGUGCUUCUGGCAUCUUGUGGGUAGAGGCCAGGAAUGCUGCUGAACAUCUUACAAUGCACAAGACAGUCUCCCAAAACAGAGUUAGCUGACCAAAAUGCCAAUAGUGCCCUGCUCUGUAAAUGUACAGUACUUAUAAACAAAUCAUUAAUGGACAAGAAGUUGUUUUGAUGAAGGAAAUAAAUGUGUGUGCCCCACCACCCUCAUUGCCACUUAGCCAUCAUAGGCAGAUCCAGAAUCUAGAGGGGUGGUCUGGUACCAGCUGCAUGCCUGACAAAGAGGACACUACCCAGGAAGUCAAGGAUUCAGUGUUGCUGUGUGUCCCCACCUCUAUUCAUGCCUUUUGUUUCUGUGACUAGCAACAGGUGGGGUGGGGAGGGAUUUAUAGCAAUACUAUAAAUUAUUUUCCCCAGAGCAAAUUUUAGUGCAUCAAAGAAUUAGGGGUUUUUUGUGUUUUUUUGGUUUUAAUUUAAUUAAGGAAAUUAUGAAAGCAGAAUCAGAAAACACAGGUAUCUUUUAUAAAAUCUUCAAGUGGGAAAGGCUUAAUACAAAGGAGCCAUUUAACCACACCAAAAUUUAAAAUAUCUGUUUUGACAAAACUACAAACCAUGCCAAACAACAGAGGAGAGGAGAGAGUUAUAAAACUUUUUACAAAGGACCACAUUCAUCAAUGUAUAUAUUAUAAAUAAUAUAAAAAAUUAGUAAGGAGAAAAACCCAGUCAAAACAUGAGCAAAGAUAUAAACAGGCAAUGGAUAGAAAUAGGCAGCUCUCAAGACAAUGGGAUUUUACUUCUUAAAGACUACAGACUAAAAUGAUAGCAACGAGUUUAGUUCAGAGGGUAGGAAAACGUUAAUUAUAAGAACAUAAACUCAUUAGAGGUCAAUUUUAAUGCACAUAUUUUUGACUGAACAAUUCCAUUUCUAGGUAAUUUUCCAUACAUCUUUCGGAUGCAUAAAUAGAUGCAUAACAAUAUAAGCAAAACUGUUUAUUGCAGCAUUGUAUGAAAAGAUUAAAACAGCCCAAGUGAUCAUUGAAACCUUAUAAAUAAAUUGAUGUGUUAAUAAAAAUAGAUUACUUUGUAGCAGAUAUAAGAUAUGGGAUAGAUACAAAUGUGCAGAUUUGGAAAAAUGUACGAUACAUAUAUAAGCAAAAUAUAGUAUAAGUAAUUUGAUACCAUUGGUGUUUUCAAAUGAUUUAUCUGUGUAUAAUAGAAAUGAUCAUUUACCCAAUAAGUCUAAGACCAGAACUUGCUCUGGAUAUUUCUGGAAUUUAACAACUUACGACAUUUAAAAAAAAAAAGGAACAUUUUACAAUCUGAAUAUGGUACAUGGAACAUGUGUUAGCUAAAUAUCUGGCUGCUCUAAUAGCUGAAAAUGACAGUGGCCUAAACUCUCAUAAAAGAUUCCAAAUGUAAAUAGUUCAGCAUUGAUAUAAUUCUGUGGUUUGGGAGACUCAGGCUCUUUCUGUCUUGUUAGCUCUGCCAUUCCCAACCUGCAGCUUCUAUGGUAUGGACUCAAAGUCCAGCUCCACCAUAGCUACAUUCCACCUUGUAGGACAAGGUUGUCCCUAACACUUCAUUCACAACCUAGUGCUAGUAGUGGCCAUCACCCCAUGAGAAAAGCUGCAAUAGAAAAGGGAAGAUUAGGUAUGAAGGAGGGGUUAUCCAGUGGUAUGAAUAACACCUGGCUCUGGAGGGUAUGGGUGGGGAGCUUUAAGAGUAGCAUUUGCUGGUUUCUGUAGCCAAUUUCAAACUGCCAACCUACAGUUUCUAAAAGAGGAAUUGGGAAGAGAUACAAACAAUUGGCUAUGGCAAGCUGGUGGGAGCAGGUUCCAGCACACCACUGAUUUCAUAUAGCCAUCUCUACAGUAGGAUGGGAUAUAAGAUGUUAGGGGGAAAAAAGUUUUAAAAGGCCAGGUGUGGGGCUCACACCUGUAAUCAUAGCACUCUGGGAGG